AUGGAUCUUCCUACACCCAGCAGCCUAGGUGGCAGCGUUGACAGCAGACAGCAGCAGCAGCACGAGCAACAAACGCAGCAACAGCAGCAGCAGCAGCAGCAGCAUUUAGCAUCUAUGGAAUGCGAUUCUCCUGCACUAUCGAGCGGAGGUUGGGGUUUAGCGCUACCAGAGGAGCAGCAGCGCAGCAGCAGCAUCUCGCAGCCUCCUGUUGCCUCUGCAUUUCCUUGCUCGAUAGCCUCUCUCUUUGAAGACACCUCCCAAACUCAGCAGCCUCAGCAGCCUCAGCAACAGCAGCAAGAAGACCAGCAGCAGCAGCAGCAGCAGCCCGCUGCUGCUGUUUCUCCUCGAUUCUUUCUGGAGUAUAUUGUCUUAGAGAAUUUUAAAUCAUACAGAGGCAAACACGUCAUUGGGCCCCUACAAAGCAGCGUCGCCAUCAUAGGAGCAAACGGAUCAGGUAAGAGCAACAUCGCGGACGCCAUUUGUUUUGGUCUCGGAGUCAACGGCCGCAGUUUGCGCAGCAACGCGUUAACAGAUUUGAGGCAUGCAACCUCAGAAGAAGAAGAUAGAAAUCUCACUGCGGUGUCUCUACACUUCCGGCGUCGUGCUGCUGCUGCGUCUGAGGGGGAGGUGCUGCUGCUGCGGCGACAAAUAAGCAGCAGCAGCAACAGCUGUACGUACACCGUAGAUGGGCGACGCGUAACAGCAGAAGAAUAUCUUCGAGUCCUCAGCGAGAAGCUGUCUUUCGCUCCCCACACAAUGGCUGCCUCCUUGUUGCUGCAGGUGCAGAUACGCAUCGGGGACUCCUCUGUGACGGCCGCCGCUCGAUCUCCUCUAGAGCUCACACGCCUCAUAGAGCGCGUCGGCAGCAGCGAGGAAUGGGCGGAGCAGUUUGCUGCUGCUGCAGCAGAAGCAGCAGCGCUGCACUCGGAGGCACGCCAGACCUUCAGCAGCAAACAGCAGCUGCUGGCUGCCUUGCGAGUGCUGCGGGCGCAGCAGCGCGAAGCAGAAGCCUUUAAAGAAAUGCAGCAGCAGCACCUGUUUGCUGCUGAAUGCCAGCAGCAGCAGCAGCAGCAGCGAGCAAACGAGGAGACGCAGCGCGCCGAGAUGCUGCUGCUGCAGCUGCAGCAGAAGCUGCAGCAAGCAGAAACAGCAGACAGCAAACGAAUUCGUCUGUCUCUUCAACUUGAGCAGAAAAAAACCCUAACAGAAAAAAGCGCUAUGAAAACCAACAUGCUGCGCAGUGGACUCGCGGAGUGUUUGGAGCGCCUGCGGUUUGCUGAGCAGCAGCAGCAGCAGCAGCAGCAAAAGCUGCAGCAAAAGGAAGAGGAGUGCCGCGCGCUUAAGGCGCUUGAAGCAGAGCUUUCCUCUGAGGUAAUUCGUCUCUUCGACGAGCAGCAGCAAAUAAAAAGUGCCGCUAAAGAAAAAGAAGAGGCGCUGCAGCAGAAGCUGUCUAAGGAGCAGCAGCAGCAGCUGCUGCUCCUGCAGCAGCAAGCCGACAGCAAACUUACAGACGUCAAGCAGCAAAUAGCGAAAAAGCAGCCGCUGCUGCAGCAAGCAACAAGCGCUUUAGAUAUUUUAGAAAGAGAGUGCCUGGAGCUUGAGCGCCGCAUUGGCUGUCUGCGUGAGUUGGCGGGUUUAAGGGGGUGGGAGCGCAUGCAGGAAGAAGCAAAACAAAAACAAACAGCAGCUGCGGAGACACUGCAGCAGCUGCUGGCGGAUGCAGUCACAGUCAAGGAGUCGCUCAAAGAAGCAACAGAAAAUACAAGCGCGAGUUCAGCUCGGCGUGAGGAGCUGCAGCAGCUGCAGGUUGAGCUGCAGCAGCAGCUUUUGUUUGUGCGGGUAGAGCAGCAGGAGACGCAGCAGCAUCAGCAGCAGCUUCUGCUGCUAAAAGAGUUGUCGCAGAGCAGCAAGCUGCAGAACGCUGUGUUUGGGUUUGCUGCUGACUGCAUACGCCCCUCAGCCAGAAGAUUUGCUGCUGCUGCUGCUGCUGCUCUCGGCCGCUGGAGCGGUGCUCUGGUGGUGAAGGACGUAGCUGCUGCACACGAAGUUAUACAAUAUUUAAAAGACAACAAUCAUGCUGCUGUAGAUAUUUUGCCUCUCGACCGGCUGCGGGAGCAGCAACUCCGCUGCAGCAGCAGCAGCAGCAGCAGCGAGGAGCAGCAGCAAGAUCUUCAUACUGAAGGCAGCAGAUUCUUCUCUCCUCCAAACGCUGAGGACUUACCCCCUAACUGCCGCUGGGCUGUUGAUUGCAUAAACUGCGAGCAGCAACUCAGACCUGUUGCUGAAUUUAUCCUAUCGGACUGCAUUGUCGUCCCCUCUUUGAUGAUAGCGCAGCAAUUAAAAAAUAAUAUUUUUAAUCGUUUCCGCUUCGUUACUCUGGAAGGCGAGAGGCUGCAGCACAGCGGUGUGUUUUCUAUAGAAGCAACAGCAGGAGCAGCAACAGCAACAGCAGCUGCUGCUGGAGCUGGGGCUGCUGCUGCUGCUGCUGCUGCUGCUGGGCGCAUGCAAGCGAGCGGCAGCGCUGAGUUUGUAGGGAGGAAGCAGCAGCAGCUAAACCGGCUGCACCGGCUGGCGCUGCAGCAGCAAACGAAGCAAAAGGCCUGGGAGCAGCAGCAGGAGCAGCAGCAACAGCAGCUAGAGCAGCUGCAGCAGCAGCAUGCAAAUCUGCAGCAACGCUGCGAACUUCAGCGGCAACGGACUGCAGCACUAUCGAAUGAAGUUGAGACUCUGCAAGAGGCCUCUGCUGACGCUCAGGCAGCAGCGAUGGUUGGAGUUAGUGAGGAGUUGAAGCUGCCACAAGGAGAGUUAAGGGAGUUGCUGCUGCAGCAGCAGCAGCAACAGCAGCAGCGAAGCGCAGCAGCAAAACUGCAUGUGCAGCAGCUGCGGCUAGAAGCAGAACUCAAGGAUUGCCGCAGUCGCCUUGAGGCUGCAGCAGCAGCAUCAGAAGCAGCGCGUGCUGCUGUGCAGCAGCAGCAGCAAGAGCAGCAAGCGGUGCAGCAGCUAGCUACCUAUGAGCGACAGCUGGCUGAGGCAGAGCAGCAGCACCAGGAGCGGCUGCAGCAGCAGCAGCAGCAGCAAAAGAUGCUGCAGGAGGUGGAGACAGAGCUGCAGCAGCUGCGAGAGCAGUCUGACCGUCUGCUGCGUGAGAAGGGAGAAGCUGCUGCUGCUGCUGCUGCAGCGCAGCAGCAACAGCAGCAGCAGCAGCAGCAAAUCCUUCAUCUGCUGCGGCAGGCAGACGCCAUCGGCCUCGAACUUCCUCUCCAGCUUUUAGUGCAUUUGUUUGUUUUAAAUGCUUUCAUAAUCUAA